AUUUCAUUUUGACUGAUUUUUUGCUGUUUUUCAAUUCCACCAAAUAAUAAUGAUGAUCAUGAAACAAAAUUAUCGAUUCUUGUUACCAUUGAUGAUGAUGAUGAUAAUAAUUCUUCAAUCAACAUUAAUAUUAACAUUGGAUAGCAGUGAUGAACAACAAAAACAAUCGAAUUCGGAAACAACAGCAACAACAUCGAUAUCGACUAUCGAUACCGAUAUCGAACGUGUAAAAUUAUCAUUAAAUGAAAUUGAAUUAUUAUUGAAUCAAGCAAAACAAACUGAUAAUGGUAAUGGUGAUGGUGGUAAACAACAAUUUGCUGAACUUCAUCGUCAUAUUCAUAUUAUAAAAGAUCAAUUAAAUCUAAUACAAGAAGAAUAUGAAAUGAAUAAAAAUUUAGAUCAUUUUUUGGAACAAAUACAACAAUGGCAUAUUGAUGCACAAACACUUGGUCUUCGUUUGAAACGUGAUCUUCAAUCAUUUCAUAAUCAUUGAUCAAUAAUCAAUAACCAAUCAUCAACAAAAGUAAUGUGUGUAAACACAAACAUCGAUGGUUAAUCACAUGAUAAUAAAAUGUCCAA